UCCUUGCGUUCCAGUUGCACGCGCAACCCGCUCAAAAGACGUAAUGAUUAUUCCUAUCUCGAUCUUUUUUCGAUGGUGGCGUCUGUACUAUACGGAGCAUUUUCUUCAAGGCGCCCUUAGUACCUAGGUAGCCUCCUAGUGGAGGUGCCUAGGGCCUAAGUGUUUCUUCAGGACACCUUUAUUGCUAUCCUCCUAGAUAGUCAAGUAGUGACAGAACACAGUCGAUAUGAUCUUUAUAAGAUAUGGUGAUCUGCUCUUCCAUGCCAAUAAGUCAGUGUGGAAUAACAAUCUCUAGUCAUAAUAGUAAUAGGCGUAUCUUUUUGCCGCUGCCAUUCCUUUACACAUAUCUUAAUCUGCUCCCCAGCGUUCUUGGGAUACUAUCAAGGCAUUCUCUUAAAAUUUUUCAAUUCUUUCAUGAAGCAUUCUUUUUGUUCUUCGUCAUACCUACCCAAUGGAGCACCCACGGCCCAUCUUGUCCUCACAAAGAUACUCCCCAGCAUCUGAUUACGCCUACGAAACGAAGCAUGAAGUGAUGCCAAUGACACGACAACCUCUCGGUGAAUCUACAGGCAACGUUCAACCACACAAUCUUGCUACGUUGGCGCUUUGUAAUCACUCCUUAUCACCACCUUUACAUCCAAUACCAACCCCACCUAUAGUCCCUACGCAGGCAUUGACCUCGAGUUACGGGACAAGCCUGCGAGGCGGACGUUCUUUACACCGCGAUGUAUCAUUACGAGACUCACCAAUGGGUUAUCCAAGGGGCAGCAAGAACCCUAUUUAUGCUUACAAGCAUUUCGCCGACUAUCGUAAUAAAGUAAUGCAAAAGGAGCUCGAGAAGGAACAACCAAUAUGGCCACUCUGGUUAGAGGAUGCUUUUCUCGACGCUCUUCUUUUAAUUCCUCAGAUGGGCAGGAAGAAGUUCUCUUCGAAGACCAUUCUAUAUGGUCGGAACAUGCUUAUCACAGAAUACUUAUGGAUCUACCACUGGUUACUACACCCCCCAACAAAUGGUGAAGUCAUCCCAAACAGACAGAUGAGAGAGAAGGGACCAGAUGGAAAGCCUCAUCCCAUGUACAGAGGAAGGAAACAAGUGUCCAGCCACAUUCAAGUUUUGAAGGGUUUCUUCGCGACGCUAGUUACUUUCCACUUCGUCUUCCCAAACAAGAGAGAUGCAAAGGAGGAAGAUAGGAAGUUGAUCAGGGAGGACGACGACACAGAAUCCUUCAAGAAUAACCGAGUCCUCAUAUCUAUUGCUGACAGUCGCUUGCCUGAGGAACGGCCCAACUACGAAUAUUUCGCUCGCCUCUUGAGCGCUGACAAUGAUGUCUUCCUACGACCGAAACAAUGUUGGAUCUUCGUUUCAUCAUCUCAAGUUAGCCUCAAGGAGAAACAUGUCAAAGGGGAUGACGGCAACACGAAGAAGCAGUUUACCGGCUACACACCCAAUGGGCACUGGCUCGGGGAAUCCGAUUAUCCCCAUCUCAAACUCAAUGAUGGAAAGGACUACAAGGAUCUUCCGCGAAAUGGCGAUCAGCCGACCGUGCUCUUACACGAAUACACUCGGGCGCUCGCGCAGAAGGAAUCUUCCUCUAUUAAGGAUAUCUCUAACCGAUGGGAUGUCCAAUUCCCUGAACUCAAGGAGAAGCUCCUCACUGCACUAGACGACACCCACCCAUCGGACGAGAGAACAUCUCGUUGCGUAGUCGGCCCUUGUGACACAUUCCAUUUCGAGGUCACCCUCGACCUACAUGCCACAUCCAAGUUCCCGGACGGAUCGGAACUUAAUGGUAUGGUCGAACUCUCCAUCAACCGACCUGAACUUCACAACCACACUUGGCGGUCAGUCACCUCCGUCGUGAAACCAGAUGAGCUGCACAUCUCUGGCUCAGAACCUGACUUCUGGGACCGCACCAACCCCGUCGAAGUCAUCGUCUCGCAUCGUGUUGGAUGCAAUGGCGUCGGCCGCUGCGACUGCGCCUCCCGUGGGAGCCGCGACACUAUUGGUGUUCCGUUCCCUGCUGCUAGCUGGGCUAAUACCUUCAUCAAACUUGCACCGUACGUCACAGCUGAACGGGAACGCAAAGAAAAGAGUCGAGAAAAUGGCUCGCAGAAGGGUGCCCGACCUUCGCGAGCUGACCGCGAUACUGCGCGCACCAAGAAGGACGACUCUUCCACUUCUGGGAAAGCCGGAGGUGCAGCGAAGAUGCCAACGCCCAAAGAGCUCCUGUCCCAGGUCGCUAUGUACCAGGAGAUCUGGUCGGCGCCCAACGAUGCCAACGGCGAACGUGCCGGGAAAUGUGGAUGGACAAGACGAUCUGUCGUACUAUGGACGUUCAUCCCUGUGCACGAUCACACGGAUGAGAAGAACAAGACGGUUACCGUGGCCGCAGGUACCAAUUGGCGAUUCUUGACUAAAGUUGACCCAACGUCUGAGUACCACCAGCAGCGUGCGUAUUCGACCGUUUCACCAUCAACAUCCGGAGGAGUCACUCGCGAUGCAGUCAUGUCGCCGAACCCCGGGUACCAAGCUCAUUUAAGUGCCGCGAUGCACGAAAAUAUGGGCGCAGCUUACGAUGCACCUCCUACAUUACCAAGUCAACACCCACACCAUCCACACCAUCAUCAAUCGCACCCGCAUCCAUCACAUUCACAACACCAACACUCGCACCACCAACAACAUGCCCAUAUCCCACCAGGUCUAGACUUACUCAACGCCUUCGACAACGGCCUCGUCACACCACCCCCCACUGCCUCACUCACAGGCGGAUACCCGCAUAGUUUCGACGACAACAGCACAACCGGAAACCCGUACUUAACAGGUCUAGGCGUGCCCGUGUCAUCCGCUUACGAAGAACCAAGUGUCACCGGCGGGUUAAACCUAAACGACGCCUCGGGAUGGGGUUCUUACGUAGAUCCUAGACAUAGCGUCGGCAUGGGCGUAAGUUGGGCUGAUACUGCAGGGUUAACUAGUGCUGGAUCCGCGGGCGCGUUAUGGGCUACGGUGGGGAGUGCGAGUGCGCAUAGACAUGAGUCGCGGGAUAAUAGUUUGAGUGGUGCUAGUACGCAUUGGACGGGCUCGGCGGUGGAUGAGAAGGAAGCUGCUAUGUGGGGGCCGGGGAAGGGUUCGCAACAUCAUGGGCAGUACUCGCAGCAGCAGCAGCAGGAACACCAGGAUCCUUGGGCUUCGUGGCACGCGGGUUCGAGUGAACAUCCGGCCUGGGAUGUAGAUACGCAGGAUUUCUCGCUGGAUUUGGGGGCUACCCAUGCUUCUACUACUGCCGGUGCUGGGUCUACGGGACUUACGCCGCUGCGCGCGCAUAAUGCGCAGCAGGUUGCUGGACGCAAGAGGUCGCGCGCGGAGAGUAUUGAUGAUGGGAGUGGUGGGGAUGCGGCGUACCCCGUGCACUCGAUGCGUAAGUUAUCGCAUCCGAGUCCGCAUACACGGCACGUCGGGGGUUAUGGAGGGGCGCCGACAGCGGUUAUGGAUGAUGGAGUUGGGUAUAUGUAGAUGAGUAUAUGAAUGAGGUUUACUGGUUAUGAUCGCAACUACUUGGGCUCAUGUACCUGGGGUUCACAGUAUGCAAAAGUAUUGGUUAUGAGGGCAAUCUCAG